CUGCUCCCGCUGCCCAUGCCCAUGUAUGUGCUGCGAGCUCUGGCUGGCCGGGGCCGGGCGCUGCGGGUGGCUGCUGCUGCGCGCCAUUAAUAGCCACGGCACAGGCCGCCGCCACGACGGGGCUUGUGCCAAGAAGGAGGCGGCAGCGGCAGCAGCAGCGCCUGGCAGAGAGGAGCCAUGAGCUCGGCGAGGAGUUCCGAGUCUCCGGCGCUGGAGCGUUUCCAGAGCCCCGGCAAAGGCCGGGGGCUGCGGGCGCUUCGCCGCUUCGCCGUCGGGGAGCUGCUCUUCUCGUGCCCGGCCUUCACGUGCGUGCUGACCGUCAACGAGAGGGGCAACCACUGCGAGUUCUGCUUCGCCAGGAAAGAAGGCUUGUCCAGGUGUGGAAGAUGCAAGCAGGCUUUUUACUGCAACGUAGAAUGCCAGAAGCAGGACUGGCCCCUGCACAAGCUGGAAUGCUCGGCCAUGUGCGUGUUUGGGCAGAACUGGAAUCCCUCAGAGACUGUGAGACUCACUGCAAGGAUUAUUGCCAAACAGAAAACACACCCUGGAAGGACUGAGUCAGAAAAGCUCCUUUCUAUAACAGAGUUUGAAUCUCAUCUCGAUAAGCUCGACAAUGAAAAGAGAGAGUUGAUUCAGAAUGACAUCUCGGCUCUCCAUCACUUUUAUUCAAAGCAUAUAGAAUACCCUGACAAUGCAGCUCUUGUGGUCCUUUUUGGUCAAGUGAACUGUAACGGCUUCACAAUUGAAGAUGAAGAACUGUCACACUUGGGAUCAGCAAUAUUCCCCGAUGUGGCGCUCAUGAACCACAGUUGUUGCCCCAACGUGAUUGUCACCUACAAAGGGACCGUGGCUGAAGUCAGAGCUGUGCAGGAGAUAGAAGCUGGUGAUGAGAUUUUUACCAGUUACAUUGACCUGCUAUAUCCCACAGAAGACAGGAAUGAUCGAUUAAGAGAUUCCUAUUUCUUCACUUGCGAUUGCAGAGAGUGCAUUACUAAAAAAAAGGACAAAGAUAAACUGGAAAUCCGCAAGCUGAACGAGCCUCCAUCAGCAGAAGCAGUGCGAGAUAUGAUCAAAUAUGCCAGAAAUGUGAUUGAGGAAUUCAGGAGGGCCAAACACUACAAAUCCCCAAGUGAACUGCUCGAGGUUUGCGAGCUUAGCUUGGACAAGAUGGGCGCUGUGUUUGUCGAGAGCAAUGUUUACAUGCUGCACAUGAUGUACCAGGCUAUGGGAGUCUGUCUGUACAUGCAAGACUGGGAGGGUGCUUUGCGCUACGGACAGAAGAUUAUCAAACCAUACAGUAAACACUAUCCUUUAUAUUCCCUCAAUGUGGCCUCCAUGUGGCUGAAACUGGGGAGACUUUACAUGGGCCUGGAAAACAGACCUGCUGGCGUUAAGGCUCUCAAGAAGGCAAUUGCCAUCAUGGAGAUAGCACAUGGGAAAGAUCAUCCAUACGUUAUAGAGAUCAAAAAGGAAUUAGAGGCCCACUGAGUCUUUGAAUCUAUGCAAUCCUUCAACCUUUCUUUAAAAGCCUUGCUAUGGAAACUUCAGGAGUGCUUUGAAAAUUGACAUGGGAUGAAAGCUUUUCUGUAAAAUAAUUGGAAUGACAAACAUGUGGUGCACCCGGGCCUUACCUCUUGCAUUCUCUGAGGUUGAUGUGAAAUAUCUUGAGCCUUGAUGAAUUAAUUUUGAAUGCUUUCCCCCCCACUAAGGAAAUGCCACGGUUUCAUACAGCUAAUGCCUUUGAUUGAUCAUGUGCAGAGAUGACCAAUUCUUUUCUCUACAGAUUUUAAUGUACUAUGUAUCUUAGCCAUGCAAAGCAAUUAAUUAAAAUGGGACAGCCUUGCUUGAGCCUGCUUGAUUGCUUGCCUUGUUUUUAUAACAUGAACUUUGUCUUUCAAAAAAUGCAUUGCAGGCAUAUUCGUUGUAGCUGCAACAUUUGCACUCCCAAAUUUUGUUACAAGCUUAGCUCUUGCAUAUAUUGACUCCAGUUAUUCAUUUCUAACACUGUGUGUCCACACUUAGGAUAAUAAUGUCAACAUGGAUAAUGGAAACAUACUGUUCCCUACAAAUUGUGUAUGGAUGUAUUAGCACAAGUUUCUGGGGUCUUACGGAUCUUCAGGAAUAAGGAGAGAUGUAGGGUUGACUUUACUAUUGUUCUUUGGUAAGAACUGGAUGCAGUAUCAACCAAGAAACUGGUCCCAGUUGAUUAGCUUUGCGGCCCAAUCUUAAAGAACCUUAGCAAUUCCAAAACAGUAGGAGGAAGAUUCCAAAGGGAAGGACUAGAACCAAAGAGUGGAAAAUACAGGGAAGCCAAUUUCAGCCCCACCUGCAGCCAAUUCUCCCCACCUGCAGUUUCCAGCAACUGGCAUUUAGAAGCAUUUCUGCCUCGGGCAGUGGAGGUAAUGAAAAGAGAGCAGCUCAGCAGUAGAGCAGAUUAUUAUUAUUAUUAUUAUUAUUAUUAUUAUUAUUAUUAUUAUUAUUAUUAUUAUUUUAUUUUAUAUUUUACUGGAGAUAUUUAGGCAGAGGCUGACAAAGCCGUCUGUCAUGGAUGCUGUCAUUUCAUCCUCCAUUGUUGAUCCUGCACUGAGUAGGAGCUUGGAUGAGAUAAAAUUCAAAGGUCCCUUCCACCUCUGUGAUUCUCCAUGUGCGUGGAAAUUUUCUUUUUCCAGUGUUGCAUAUCAAUGUCUUCUAGUUUGAGAGAGUUUCAUAAAAGUUCCCUCCAUUUAAAACCUGAAAGCUUCUGUACUUGGCGAUGUUUUCAGAGCAGUCAUCGUAAGUGGAACUUACCUGAAAGGAUGUGCUUCUAAGGAAUCUGGAUAAACUAUAAAUCAGGCAUCCCCAAACUGCGGCCCUCCAGAUGUUUUGGCCUACAACUCCCAUGAUCCCUAGCUAACAGGACCAGUGGUCAGGGAUGGUGGGAAUUGUAGUCCAAAACAUCUGGAGGGCCGAAGUUUGGGGGUGCCUGCUAUGAAUGAAUGAAUGAAUGAAUGCCAGCAGCAUAAAUUCUCAGUGAGAUCCUAUGCAUGUUUACCUCGAAGUAAGUCCCACUCCUUUCAGUGGGCCUUAUGCCCAGGUGCAUGUGCUCAGGAUUUCAGCUUUGUUGUUUAUGUCUGUUGUAUACACACACCCAUGUGCAGUGGCUUUGUAUUUCCCCCCUCCUCCCUUAAGAAGGCAUUUCUCUUCUGCAGAAAGCAAGCAUUAGGAUGAUGUGCAUCGAGAUGCACCUUAAGGUGCACAUGUUUGUCCAGGGCCCUCCGCUGAGCAGCUGAAGCUGCGCAUCCAGUUGCCGGUGGCAACGGGUCCGUGUGGAACUUUAAUGGUUAGAUCUGCCCUAUUUGUGCUCAUGAGUAGCAGUAUUUAGUGCACAGAGGCAGCACAGACCACUGCAUGCCGUGGACAGAAGUACUGCCCAGGCUUUCCCUCCCCUCUGAAGGUACUGCCAUAAACUCUCACACUUCAAAAUAUAAGGACGAACAGUUGGAAGCUAACACUUAACAAGUCCAUAGAAGGCCCUGGAGCACAUGUUUUACAGGAAAUGAAAUUAGUCAAUGAAACAUAAUUUCCAAGCAGAUGGGCCAUGUCUUGAUACUUUCAGAUAGCAGAGUUUUAAUCAAAUGCUCGCUAUGGCUGUGCUGCAGUUGAUGAAAAUCUUUCUGUGAAUCGGAUUGCCGCUAGCGGAUGGGACAGUGUUACCAAACUCCAAACGAAGGGUGCUAACAGUGCAGUUCUAAAGUGGAAGGCAAUUGGAACUAACUCCAGUAGUGGCUGUACCUUAGGCACACAUGCAAAGGAAAAUCAAUUGGAUCAUCUAGUUACUUGCUACCCUUUGCUAUCUCAUCACGUCAAAAUGUCUGCUAGAUAAGAGAGUGUAGAAUUGCUAUCAGGGAUCAAUAUGCACACUGCUGGAUGGCACAGUUGGAUGAGGGUGUCAUUUUAUUUUGGACUCUGUUUACAGCCUUGUGAUGCUCCCGGGAUGCUUUGAGACAAGUCACUACUACCAUUGUGUGUGAACUGGGAAAUAGCAUGUGAGCUAAGGACUUUGUGUGCAGGUCACACAAAAUGAAGUUGCAAAGGCACUUUACAUUUUAAAUAUUCUAGUAGAUCAGCUUAGCAGUCAUGUGCUCUUCCCCACCCAUCCUCUGAAGCGCCUCUAUAAACAUUCAAGCAUCACCUACCUCCCAGCAUGCAAAUUUAUUGUACAAAAUUCACUGCACUCAUUUGUCAUCCUGCAAGCCCUGUGGCAUUGCAGUGUAACCUGGGGAUUAUUGCCUAAUCCGUCAAGAAUGUUGGGAGAUACAUGGUCCUGCUUUGCACCAAAGUAUCAGAUCAGGCAUUUAAACUGACAUCAUUCCCCGUCACCGAGAAAAUGCUGUAACACAUUCCUCCUUUCACAGGUGCAUGGCAACCCUCCCAUUUUUGCAGUCAAUGAUGCUAUAUUAUGCUGGCUGGUAGAGAUGGGCACAUUCUUACUCUAUAAUGAGGGAAGUUACAAUGUUCUAUAAAUAUAUCCCAUCCAUUGUCUUCAAAUCACUAAGAUGACCACUAGAAUUUUGAGGGCAGAGAGUUUUAUUGCAUAAUAUGAAGGCUAAGCAGUCUCUUACAAAACAAAAGUUUGAGGCAAAACUUUCUUUCGCUGCAAAAGGCAGGUAUUUACACAAAGGUAGUGUAAGGAGUAAAAAAAAAAAUAUUGCAAUUUUUAAUGCUAAAGGAAACUUUAUAAAAACAGGAAGGAAAAGGAAAAAGUGCAAAAAUACUGUCAAAAGUCAAUCGGUUCUAUACAAAACAAAACCGACAAGCAUAAGCUUAUGUUCUGAUAUGAAUAUACAUUAGGGUACAAAAUAGCAUGCAUGCAUAGAUU